UGUCCUUCACUUUCUUUCUUGGGUUCGCGUUUCUUCUGAGCAUCUUUGGUACCGUUUGACUGGGUUUUCAGAUUGCUUCCUCCCCUUUCUUCAAUUCAAUCUCUGGUUUCUUCAAUCCUUGGUUAUUGGGUUUUCAGGGCCUCGGAUAUGCCUCCGUUUGCGGAUUCAGACCCUCCUGCCAAUGGCCUGAACAAGAACAAACCCAAUUCCAACUCCAGUUCCAAUAUGGUGACCAUUGAUGUGGGUGGCCAGCUCUUCCAGACCACCAAGCAAACCCUAACCCUAGCCGGCCCCGCCUCCCUCUUCUCCAGAAUCCUCGAUUCCUCCGAUCAACGCACCGUGCCGUUCAUUGAUAGAGACCCCGAAUUGUUCUCCGUCCUUCUCUCUCUUCUCCGGACCGGCCAUCUUCCAUCCAGGGCCAAGGCCUUCGAUCUCCCGGACCUCAUCUUCGAGUCCCAGUUCUACGGCAUCGAGACCCUGCUGUUGAAUUCCCACUCGAAUCCGUCUCAGCUCGAUCCUUUUAAUCUCGAGAAGUCGUCGCUUUUGCAGCUGAACGGCCGGGACUCGCCGUCGGCGAUCUCCACGUUGCCCCAUGGAUCAGUCCACGUGGCACACGGCAACAAAAUCACGUCUUUUGAUUGGUCGCUGCAGGGAAAAUCCACGAUCUUGACCCAGUUCUCGGCGAUUGAUUCGUUGCUCGCUUUGUCUCCGAGCUUGGCGGCGGCCGGCGCCACGGAUUUCUCCGGGUUACAGCUGAUUGAUCUUGAGAAGGGUUUUGUUAGGGAGACAUUGAAUUGGGAAAAUGUUACUAGGUCUAGUUCAACAGUUCAGGCAAUUGCGUCAUCCCCGGAAUAUCUGUUCACUAGUUUUGAGUCUGGCCGGAGGAAUUCAAAUUCGAUCAUGGUUUAUGAUCUGCAAGGCAGUUUUCGCCCGGUUACAGAGAUCGGUCGUUAUGAAAUUUUUGGUGCUGACCUUGAUUCAGCAAUUCCAGCUACAAAAUUGAAUUGGGUUUCAAAUUACAAUUUGUUGAUGGCCUCAGGGUCUCAUAGUGGACCUUCUGGAGUACUGGGUAACAUUAAGCUUUGGGAUAUAAGGUCCGGAACUGUGGUCUGGGAACUGAAGGAAAAAGUUGAUUGCUUUGCGGAUGUUGCUGUUUCUGAUGAUCUUUCGGCAUUGUUUAAAGUUGGCGUAAAUUCAGGCGAGGUGUUCUUCGCGGAUUUGAGGAAUAUUGGUAGGGAGAAUUCGUGGGUUUGUCUUGGGGAUGGUAGAAAGGUGACUAAUGGGAAGAAAGAGGGUGUUGGGUGUAAGAUUGAAACCCGCGGUAACCAAGUUUUUUGCAGUAAAGGAGGGGACUUGGCGUUGUGGUCGGAGAUUCAGAUAGGUUCUUCAAGGAAAGGCGAACAUGGGUCAGAGGAUAGAGUCUUCAGAAAGAACUCAAUGGGGAGAGCAAAGGAUAUGGGUGGAAGUAGGAUAACCCACUUGCGUUUUGCUGGGAACAAGAUGUUCCUGACGAGAAAGGAUCAGCAAUUUGUUGAGGUUUGGCAGAGUUCAGUUCGGGGAUUUUGAUCUCAAAUGUUUUAGUUGGGGGUGGUUAACACAAUUCUAUUUAUCUUCUUGUUAAUAAGCACAUUUUCAGCUUUGUAAGUUGGUUGUCAGCUUGAUUCAAUUGUAGAUGAUGAUAUAAAUGGAAGAUCAUGAAUUGGUUCCUGA